GCUGAGCUGAGUUACGGGGAGACUCUCCGUGGAACCGCAGGGACUUUCUUUCGGCAACCUGUUUGGCGAGGAGGAGCGCGUCUCCGUCCGUGGCGCUCGGCGCCGCCGCUCUCGUUCUCCGUGCGCGCGAACGCCUGCGGGCACGACCGACGGAGUGGAGGGACGAGGACGCCGGGGCCAUCGGAGAGGGAGGACAGCGCUCCCGACAGCCGGAUUCCCGUCUGCAGCCCGACGGAGGAGUUGCGCGGUUUCUCUUGCACGUUUGAGCGCUGAGCAUCACCCGCCCGGUGGUGGAGAGCAUCACUCAGGACAGCAUCCACAGGCAUCUGAGAUCACCAUCCCGUGCUGGAGUGGAGAUCUUCGGAGGGACGAGGAGGACCCGUCCCGCGCGUGACACUGCCGUCGAGGGAGUGCAGCGGGGGGGGGGACGGGAAGAGCAAGAGGACACGGGAGGAGCGCGUGAGAGUGAGUGCUUUUUUUGCGAGAUUGGAGCGCCGCGGAGGACCGAGGAGGUCCCUCUUAGCGCGUCACCUCCAAAAGUUGCGCGGUCCCUUUGCGCGCCGCCGACGCGCUGGAUUAUAAUUCAAGAUCUCGUUUUUAUGGGCGUAACGGAGCGCGACCGAGCCGGGAUUCGCGAGGAGCGUGAGGACUGCCCCCGGGUCCGCUCCGAGGAGGGGGGCUCUUGAAGGAAUUACCCCGUUCUCCCGAAGCAGGAGGCGCGUGCUCGAAGCCCGAGCGGAGAGGAGAGGAGGAGUCGCGCGCCACGGGUCCGACAAGGUGAUGAGGGAUCUGAGAUGAACAUGGAGCUCCUGUGGAUCCUGCUGUUUUCUGUCAUCCAUCCUUACGCACGAGGACAGGGUGUUUACGCUCCUGCCAACGCACAGAUUGUGCACUCCGGCCAAGCCUGUGUGGUGAAGGAGGACAACAUCAGUGAGAGGAUCUACACAAUCCGGGAAGGGGACACCCUGGUGCUGCAGUGUCUGGUGAAGGGUCACCCCCGGCCACAGGUGCGAUGGACCAAGACGGCGGGGAGCGCCUCGGACAAAUUCCAGGAGACGUCCAUCUUCAACGAGACGCUGCGGAUCGAGCGCAUCCAGAGGGUGCAGGGCGGACGCUACUACUGCAAGGCUGAGAACGGGGUGGGCGUGGCUGCCAUCAAGUCCAUCCGUGUAGAUGUGCAGUACCUGGACAAACCCGUGCUGACCGUUCACCAGACCAUCAGCGAUGUCCGUGGGAGUUACUACCAGGAGAAGACCGUGUUCCUGCGGUGCACGGUGAAUUCGAACCCGCCGGCGCGCUUCAUCUGGAAGCGGGGGAACACGCCCAUCGAGCAGAGCAAGGACAAUGGCGUGGACAUCUACGAGCCACUGUACACACAGGGUGAAACCAAAGUUCUGAAGCUGAAGAACCUGCGGCCUCAGGACUUCGCCAAUUACACCUGUCAGGUGUCCGUCCGCAACGUGUGCGACAUCCCGGACAGCUCCGUCACCUUCCAGCUCACCAACGCCACAUCCCCUCCCGCCCUGCGUCUCUCUGUGAACGAGACCCUCGUGGUGGACCCUGGGCGGGAUGUGACGCUGUCCUGCGAGGUCACGGCAGGGAACCCCACCCCCGCCGUGUCAUGGUCCCGCUACCCCGGCCCCCUGCCCCAGCGCGCUCAGAUCCGCGGGGGCACCCUGACGCUCCGCGCCGUCACCUCGGCCGACUCCGGAUACUACAACUGCACGGCUGUCAACAACGUGGGCAACCCUGCCAAGAGGAACGUCAACCUCAUCGUCAGAGUCAUGAGGAACCUGACGUUCCAGAUCACGCCGGACUCCAACAAGGAUAGCGAGAGCAUCCAGAUGGGUCGCGACCUCAAGAUCUCGUGUCACGUGGACGCCCAGCCGCAGGACAAGGUCAACUACACGUGGUACAAGAACGGCGUCCCCGUGGUGCCCUCUGACAGCCUGGUGUUUUUGCGCAGCGACCCGGACAUGGUGCCGGGGACCAGCAGCCUGGAGAUCAUCGAUAUGAAGUUCCGCGACCAGGCCACGUACAGCUGCGUGGCCGGCUUUCCUGGCAGCUCCGUUCCUGAGCUCAGGGUGGAUGUCAACAUCACGCAGAGCAGCGUCACUCCCCCGACGCUGACGGUGCCCACUGGAGGCGGGGUGGUAACAGUGCUGGAGGGGGCGUGGGCAGAUCUCGUGUGCCUGGUGGACGGUAAGCCCCGCCCCCCGGUGCUGUGGUCCCGCGCCGACAAGGACCUGCCCAUGCCCUCUGGCGAAUGGUUGGUGGAGACACGAGACGGGCGCCUACGGCUGACCAACGUGACGCGGGACAUGACGGGGACCUACCGGUGUCAGACGGCGCCGUACAACGGCCUCAACAUCAAGCGGCGGGAGGCUCAGGUCCAGCUCAACGUGCAGUUUGCCCCCAUCGUGGACCCACCGUUCUCGGAUGUACGCUCCCCCACCAACCAGCCGGUGACGCUGCGCUGCGCGGUGCUGAAGGCCAACCCGCCGCGGAUAACACGUGCCUCUUGGCUGAUGAACGGCCGCCCCCUGCGGCCCGAGGCCCUCAACACGCAGGACGCCCCAACGCUGCGCAUCGAGCGCCUGGGUGCUGCCAGCAACGGUACCUACGAGUGUCGCAUCAGCAACGGCGUGGGGAUCUCCUCCUGCAUCUUCAAUGUGUCAACACGGGCCUACAACCCAGAGUUCUACUACGACACACCAAACCCCAUCAGCAUUCUGAAGGACAACAACUACUCAUAUAUCCUGCAGUGGACCCAGAAGGAGCCCAAAGCAGUGGACCGCAUUAUCGGCUACUGGAUCAACGUUCGGCAGAACAAGAGGGUGGUGUUCUCACGGCAGAUCGAUGUAAACGAGCCAGAGCCGGGGGUUCUCAUGUACUACACGCUGACCGAUCUGCGCAUCCCCCUGUCCUACGAGGUGCGACUCACCGCCAUCACCAUGUUCGGAGUGGGAGACCCGGCCACCCGCGCCAUCCAUUAUUCUGAACCUUACACUUACCCCCGACCAACAGAUCACGUGUGCGGCUUCGAGGACGACCGGAUAUGCGGUUUCACCCAGGACCGCAGCGACGUCUUCGACUGGACCCGUCAGAACCAUCUGACCCAGAAUCCCAAGCGCACGGCCAACACCGGACCAGACACAGACCGCAGUGGCACCAAGGAAGGGUACUACAUGUACAUCGAGGCAUCGAGACCCAGGGCCAAGGGGGACGUUGCACGUCUGUUGUCCCCGCUGUACAACGUCACCACCUCCCGGGGGCCUUCGGGGUCCAGCCGUGUGCCCUACUGCAUCUCUUUCUACUACCACAUGAAGGGCAUGCACAUCGGUUCCCUGAACGUCCUGCUCCGGAUGAAGGGCAUCGCCACGGUGGACAAGCAAGUGUGGAGCUGCUCCGGGAACCAGGGGCCCGAGUGGAGGCAGGCCAAUGUGUUGGUCACCCCAACCGGCCCAUUCCAGGUGGUGUUUGAGGGGGUGCGAGGUAACAGCUAUGAGGGGGACAUCGCCAUCGACGACGUCUCCAUCACUGCCGGGAAGUGCAAGCAGGACAGCCCUGUCCCCAACACAGCAGUUCUGCCCGCCGGAGCCCCCCCACGGCACGCCCAGUCGCUGGCGGCCCUGCUGCCCGCCGCGCUCACCUCCUGGCUGCUGCUUCACAGAUGAUGAGCGAGCA